AUGUCCCGGCGCGCGUUCGGCGCGCUCGCGCGCGCGUGGCGCGCCGCGCGCGACGCGGACGUCGACCAACGAUGCGCCGCGACGCUCGCCGCGCGCGCGACGACGACGACGACGACGACGACGACGACGACGACGAAAACGCACCGCGGCGAGCGACCCUACGGCGCGACGGGACCGUCGCGCGUCGCGAAACCGCCGAAACCGCCCACGAAGCGGUCGACGAUCGACGUGACGAUCGACGUGACGCCCGCGGACGCGCGCGACGGGCGAGACGCGAGGGAAGAGGACGGACGCGGUGGGUUGACGCCCGAACGCGCGACGGCGCUGCUGGACAAGCACAUCGUCGGACAGACGGAGGCGAAGCGGGCGUGCGCGGUGGCGCUUCGGAAUCGAUGGCGGCGACACAGGAUCGGGAAACCGAUGCGAGACGAAAUCGUGCCGAAAAAUAUCCUGAUGAUCGGCCCGACGGGGUGCGGGAAGACGGAAAUCGCGCGACGAUUGGCGAAGAUUACGGAUUCGCCCUUCGUAAAGGUGGAGGCGACGAAAUUUACAGAGGUUGGAUUUCACGGGCGAGACGUCGAUCAGAUCAUUCGAGAUUUGGUGGAUAAUGGGAUCGCGGUGACGAAACAAAAGAUGCGCGCGAAGUUUGAAAAGUUUGUGGAGGAGUUGAUCGAGAAUAAAAUUUUAGAUUUUGUGUGCGGGGAGGGGGCCAACGACGAGACGCGCGAGGCGUUUCGGACGUUGUAUCGAGACGGUACUUUGGACGAUCGCACGAUCGAGGUUGAGUUGCCGGAUUCGGGUGGGCAAAACAUGAAGAUCGACCCGAGCGGGGGACCGAUUCCCAUUCACGAAUUAGUCAUCAAGGUUGAUAAAUUGUUCGGAAACCGCAAGAGCACGUCCAAGCGUAAAAUGACGGUGGCCGAGUGCAAACCUUUGAUCGAAGAGAUGGAGUUUGACAACUUGUUGUCCGCGGAGACGAUCGCGAAAGAGGCGAUCACGGCGGUGGAGAACGAUGGGAUCGUGUUCAUAGAUGAGAUUGAUAAGAUUGUGUCGUCGAGCGAUUACCGUCACGGCGCCGACGCGAGCUCCGAGGGCGUGCAGCGCGACUUGUUGCCGAUCAUCGAAGGCUCCGUCGUGAGCACGAAGCACGGCAACGUCAACACCGACCACAUCUUGUUCAUAGCCUCCGGAGCGUUCCACAGCGCGAAACCGAGCGACAUGCUCGCCGAGUUACAGGGACGAUUGCCCAUUCGCGUCGAGCUCAAAGGUUUGACCGAGCGCGACUUGUACCGAAUUUUAACCGAACCGGAGAUGAACAUGAUCGCGCAACAAAAGGCGCUCAUGAAGACGGAAGGGAUCGAUUUAGAGUUCACGAACGAAGCGAUCGAGCACAUCGCGAGCAUCGCGGCCAAGGUGAACAAAACGGUCGACAACAUCGGCGCCAGACGACUGCACACCGUGCUCGAACGCAUCGUCGAGGAUUUGUCGUUUGACGCGCCCGAGAGAUAUGCGAAAUUCGUCGCGGCGGGCGGCAAAGGCGAGCUGCAGGUCAAGAUUGGCGUCAAAGAUAUCGACGACGCGAUCGGCAACAUGCUCAAGCAAGAGGACUUGAGUCGAUUUGUACUUUAG